UAUUUUACUCGUAUCUUAAAACAUACGUAUAUUUCAUUCCACUAACACCCCUUCUCCCUUUUACGCACAUCAACCCUGCGCAUAACCUCCCCCUUUCUCUCCAGCGCACAUUGUUCUCUUUCGUCCUUGGGCAUCAUCGAUCGAGUUCUCCCCAGGUCAUCACAGCCGCCCUCAACUUUGCCUUGCGCACCAGAUCCACCAAAUUUUCUCUCACGCUGCGUCUGCCAUUAAGUUAUGGUAGGGCUAUCUCUUGGAGAAAAGAACUUCAUUAGAGGUGGUAUUGCUCAAGACUUGCGAACAGAUGGCAGGACACGGUUAUCUUAUCGACCCAUUUAUGUUGAAACUAGUGUCAUCCCCCAGGCAAGUGGUUCGGCUAGAGUCAAGUUGGGUGCAACAGAUGUCAUCGUCAGUGUCAAGGCUGAACUUGGAAAACCAAGCUCAUCUCACCCCGACAAGGGAAGAGUUUCUAUAUAUGUAGAUUGCAGUCCCACUGCAGAGCCAACAUUUGAGGGAAGAGGUGGCGAUGAGUUGUCUGCCGAACUGUCAAUUGCUCUUCAACAAUGUUUGCUUGGUGGAAAAAGUGGUGCAGGGGCUGCAAUUGAUCUUUCUUCCCUCUCAGUUGUGCACGGAAAAGUUUGUUGGGAUCUAUACAUAGACGGCCUGGUGGUAAGUUCAGAUGGGAAUAUACUUGAUGCUCUCGGUGCUGCUAUUAAGGCUGCUUUGAGUAAUACAUGUAUUCCAAGAGUCCAAGUAUCUGCUGAUGCUUCACCAAAUGAACAGCCAGAAGUUGAUGUGAGUGAUGAAGAAUUUGUUCAGUUUGACACUAGUAGUGUCCCUGUUAUAGUCACUUUGACAAAGGUAGGUAGGUUCUGUAUUGUAGAUGCCACUUCAGAAGAGGAAUCCCAAAUGAGCUCAGCUGUGUCCAUUUCAGUUAAUAGGAAAGGUCAUAUUUGCGGGGUGAGUAAGCGAGGUGGUGCAGCUUUAGAUCCAGCUGAUAUACUUGACAUGAUACACAAAGCACAGGUUGUUGGCGAUGAGUUAGUCAACAAAUUGGAUUCUCUGAUAGCAGCAGCUGAAGCACGCGGGGAAGAGGAAUCUGAAUCAUGACAUUGUUUGUUCAUUUUAUGCACACUUUUAGAUAGCGACUUGCUUCUUUUGGGAACUAUCAUUUUUGUCAUUGGGCAUAGUUCAUAGUGUUGUUUGGAUUCUCUGAUAGCAGCAGCUGAAGCACGCGGGGAAGAGGAAUCUGAAUCAUGACAUUGUUUGUUCAUUGUAUGCACACUUUUAGAUAGUGACUUACUUCUUUUGGGAACUAUCGUUUUUGUCAUUGGGCAUACGUCAAAGUGUUGUUUGGAUCUUUGAAAAUUUUCACUCUGCAUACAUAUCACAUAUAUGCAUUCUAGCUUACAGUUGUAUCAUUUUUCUUCAACUGUUGUAUUUCAGCCGUUGCAUUAUCAGUUCUUUCCAAGAUAAGAUUUUGUGGAACGUAUGUCGUUUUUUAUCCUUGUGAGAAAAGACGUGUUGUAUCGUGUAUGCAAUACCUUGUCAAUUUUGUG